AUGUCUUCGCCAAAGCUCAAAGUCGCAAUUGCAGGACUGGGCCGCAUGGGAGCCCGUCAUGCCCUGCACUUCCACACCAUGACCCCCCGUGCAGAUUUGAUCGCUGUCUCGUCUCCAGACCCCAAAGAGUUGGCAUGGGCCACCCGGAACCUGGAGGGCGUGCGGACGUAUCUCGACUAUGACCAGAUGUUGAAGGAAGAGAAGGAGUUGCAGGCGGUGGUCAUUGCCUCGGCGACCAUCGUCCACGCCGAGCAGGCCAUCAAAGCUAUCAAGCAGGGGCUCCACGUCCUGUGUGAGAAACCUCUCAGCACGAACCCGGAGAUCUCACAGGCAGUGGUCACGGCAUAUCGGGCGGCGAAGACAACAUACCCCAACCAGAAAGUCAUCUGCGGCUUCUCCCGCCGGUUCGAUGCCUCCUACAGAGACGCCUAUGAGAAGAUGCGAUCCGGCCUGAUCGGACGCCCGGCCGUCUUUCGCUCCCAGACCUGCGACAAGCUCGAUCCGUCCGGCUUCUUCGUGCAGUACGCGCAGUUUUCCGGGGGAAUCUUUGUGGACUGCUCCAUCCACGACAUCGACCUGGCUCUGUGGUUUUUCGGCGAAGACUCGGUGGUCAAAUCCGUCAGUGCCAUCGGCAUCACCGCCGUGUCCCCGGAAUUGCGCAAGUACAACGACCGGGACAAUGCGUUGGGGAUCGUCGAGUUCUACGGAGGCAAGAUUGCCCAGUUGUACUGCAGCAGAAUGAUGGCUGCCGGGCAAGAAGACAGCACCGAGAUCACCGGGACGGAGGGCAAACUGGCCGUCAACACGCAACCCAUGUCCAACCUCGUCAGCAUCUACGAGCCCUCCGGCAUCCGCCGUGAGAUCCCACCCCACUACUACGGCCGUUUCCGCGAGGCCUUCAUCACCGAAGCGAACGAGUUCACCGCCUGUUGUCUCGACAACACCGAGCCCCCCUUCCGACUCGAGGGGGCCGUCUCCGCGGUAAAGAUCGGCUGUGCCUUGCAGGAGAGUCUCAUCUCGGGCAAGAAGAUCGAGUUCGACGAGAUCGGUCGGCGCAUUGACGGUCCAGAUGACGAUGCUACUCCGUUGACGGCGAGGUUGUGA